AUGGAGGAUUUCAGCGAUAUGUUGUUGUCAACACUUGGGAGGAGGAACAGGAAUAAUGAAGACAGGAUCAGCAAGUUACCUGAUGAUCUUCUGUUUAAAAUCAUGUCUUUCUUAAACACCAAGCAGGCAGUUCAAACCUGUGUUUUGUCCAAGAGAUGGAAGCCCCUCUGGCAAUCCCUUCCUUACCUUGACUUCAAUUACAAUGCUUCCCCUUUCAAACAGAAAAUAGUUCAGUUAGAUGACGCAGACCCAGAGCAGGUAGGUAUCAAGAUGCUUUCUUUGAGCAAUUUCAUCAGUCAAGUCCUUUUCCGGCGUUGUCCCACUGACCUUGUCAAGGUGUGUGUCCAGUCUCUCAACUAUGACCAGCAUGCUUCUGUCCUAGCUGGUUUGAUGUGUUACGCUGUCAAACACAAUGUCCAACACCUCACCUUCCAACUCCACAGAGGUGGAGGUGGUCGCCCAUUUUUAUUGCCCCAGAGUCUCUACACUUGUCAAUCAUUGACAUCACUCGAGUUGAAAGGUAAUGAUUGGAUGGCCGUAAAACUACCCACAUUACUGGCUUGUCCAGCUCUUAAGUCUUUGCAUCUUUCUCAUUUCUCUAUGGCUGGACCAAACUUUGAACCAACGGCUUUCUCAGGUUGCCCAAAUCUUCAAACUCUGCAACUUUUUGAUAUUUGGAUUGGAAGUGAAAAUUUAUGUAUUAAUGCUGUUAAUCUCAGAAGCUUGUUACUUUCAUUUGUGUUACAUGGUGAGGGCAAGGUUGAGAUUUGUGCUCCCCGACUCACAACUUUUAAGUAUUCCGGUAUUCCUCCCAUAGUGUGUUUAAAGGAAAAUCUUGCAUUUCUCGAUGAUGUAUCUUUUGAUAUAAAGGCAUACUCACUUAAACGCAAUGAAGAAGAGAGUGUUAUUCGUUUGAUCAACACCUUCAACGAGUUUCGUCAAGCAAAAUCUCUCACAUUAUCCACCUCAACAGUCAAGAUUCUCGCCAAAUUUCCAUCCUUGCUGGAUCAAAAUCGAUUACCAUUUGCUAAUUUAAAGCAUCUGAAGAUAAAAGUUAAGAAAUGGCAAAGCAAGAGGUUUGAAAUGCCUGCAUGUAUCCUGAACUGCUUUCUCAACAACUCUACUAUAUUGAAAAUAUCAAAGUAGCAGGCUGUGACAGUGCUGAGGAUAGCGAGUAACUUGGGAUUUGUAAACUCUGUCUAAAACUGAUUGUCAAUCUUUUAUGUUGGUCUUUGCUGUUUUGUUUAUGUAUGGAGCUACUUCUAAAGUUGAGAGAAACUUUGACUGUAUAAAUGGAUGAAUUUCACUA